CUAGGGGUGAUCUUCAGUUCCUAGCGCUUAUCAUCGACGGGUAGGAAGUGUGAAUCAAAGCAUGUUAUAAGAGGAUACCUCUCUUAUCGGUCUACAAAAGCUCGCUAGAAAUCUCGUCAGCAUUCUAGUAUAAGUUUCAUUUAAUUAUCGACAGCCGAGUUAUUGGCUAUAAAAGAGUCGCCAGAGCCGCUUAAGAUAAAACAGCAACGUGUUAAAGACACGCAUUUAUCGAGCUUCUGAGUUGCGAAGACGCAAGUUGUGAGUAUGAGUAUUCGUACGGUGAUCUCCCUUCUCGUGUUCGUUGGUGGGUUAUGUGUUGCGGUUGGUAGCAUUUGGGAAACUGCCGGAAGAGGAAGAAGUCCUUUUAGCUAUCUUCACCGCAUUCCAAGCAGAAAGGAGACAGCAAUGAAAAUUGCACGAGACUUUCUCGGGUUCGACGCUGAGGCGCAUGCUCUACGCCGAGCCAGGCGAUCGCUGGACGACGAUACCGCAGGCUCUCGUUCGAAAAGGCAAAUGCCGCUGGAUCAAUAUAACGUCGUCUACAUGGUGGACUCCUCGAACUCUGUGCGCAAGCGAGGUUUUAACCGUGAGAAGGUGGCCUUACGUCUGCUGACGGAAAAAGCUCUACCUGGCACUGUAUACAGCACGAUCACAUUCUCAACAGAGGCGGAAAUCAGUUUCAGAUACGCGAACAGAUCACAAGCUAUUGAGAAGCUUAACGACCUGCCUUACAUGGCCGGUAAGACAAAUACACAGCUGGCAUUGAAUCUCGCUGAGAUGAUCUUCUUUAACAACACAUUGGGGCCUCUUAGACCCGGGCGGAGACGGAUUUUGAUUUUCACGGAUGGUCAGUCGAACGUGAAGGAGCAGAUGACACUGUAUCGCGCAUUCCGGCUGAAGAAACGUGGCGUGGAAAUCUACGUUGUGGCAGUGGGGAAGUAUCUUUACGGUAUGCACGAGAUCAUUGGGUUAGCAACGUCGUCAAGUCACCAUCUUUAUCGAGUGCGGAGCAUGAAGGACUUUGUCAAAAUCGUCCAACUCAUUCCGAGAUUUGAAGAGUUCUUGUAUCAUAACAGCGAGGGCAGGGACUUUGAAUACAUUCAUUUCCCAACACCGAAACCAUAGCAAUGGUUUAUGUUGCCAUAACAACGAGGAAAAUUAUGAACAGACAAGAAGUAUUUCCGUUGCUCAAAGACAACUAAAGAAGUUGCAAAAAGACCACCGUCGCUAUAUUAGACUUUGAAGCACGACGUUGUCAUAGUGACGAGUGUAGUCAUGACAACAAGAAAAAAGAUCGACAAAAAUUCAUUCUAUACACAAAUUAGCUACACACGCUAAAGAAAACCUAGACAAAUAGUAACAGUUUUGCGUGUUCCAUUUGAGGACUAGGAUAGCUUGGGUGUGUUUUGCAGUGAAGAAAUAUAAUAUUCUAGAAACAAGUCUUAGAAAAUGCAUCUAGAAAGGAAAACAGUAAAAGGAACAAUGCAUUUUACAUGACCACUGACCGCUGUUUGGGUGUGUUUUGCGCAUGGAAAUUGUAGAAUAAGCGCUACCGCCUAGAAGAAAAAUAAUAUAAUAAAAGAAGAAGAAAAUA